GGCCGCCGGGGAGCGGGGCCGCCGGCCAGGGCGCGGGCGCGGCUGCGGGACGCGGGCAACCCCCGCCCGGCCGGUGGAAGGCGCGGACCGCGGGGCUCCCAGUGGCCGCCGCGGGAACCGCGCCCCAGUCUCCUCCCUUCGGCUGGCUGCAGAGUGUCACCGGCGCCAUGGUCACCCCACAGCUCUUCCGUGCUCUGGUGUCAUCGCAGUGGGUGGCCGAAGCCCUGAGGUCGCCACGUGCCGGGAAGCCCCUGCAGUUGCUGGACGCCUCCUGGUACCUGCCCAAGACGGGCCGCAACCCGCGACGUGAGUUCGAGGAACGCCACAUCCAAGGGGCUGCUUUCUUUGACGUGGAUCACUGUAGCGACCACACAUCCCCCUACGACCACAUGCUGCCCAGCGCCACGCAGUUCGCCGAGUACGCGGGCAGCCUGGGCGUGGGCGAGAACACGCACGUCGUGGUCUAUGACGGCAGCGACCAAGGCCUCUACUCCGCACCCCGGGUCUGGUGGAUGUUCCGCGCCUUUGGCCACCACACCGUGUCUCUCCUCGAUGGUGGCCUUCGCCACUGGAUGAGCCAGGGCCUUCCCCUCAGCUCUGGCAAAACCCACCCCACACCUGCCACGUUCCACGCAAAGCUGGACACCUCCUUUCUCAAGACCUUUGAGGAUGUCAAGGACAAUCUGGAGUCCCGGCACUUCCAAGUAGUGGACGCCCGCUCUUCUGGCCGGUUCCGGGGCAUCGAGCCGGAGCCCCGAGAGGGCAUCGAACCCGGCCACAUCCCCAACAGCGUGAGCAUCCCCUUCACGGAGUUCCUGACCGAGUCGGGCCUGGAGAAGAGCCCUGAAGAAAUCCGUCGCCUGUUCCAGGAGAGGAAGGUGGACCUGUCCCGGCCCAUCGUGGCCACGUGCGGCUCUGGCGUCACCGCCUGUCACGUGGCGCUGGGGGCCUACCUCUGCGGCAAGGCCAACGUGCCCGUCUACGAUGGCUCCUGGGUGGAGUGGUACAUGCGUGCCCGGCCGGAGAGAGUCAUCUCUGAGGGCCGGGGAAAGACCUACUGAGCCCGGACGGGAUGCGGGUCCCCGUGGAUCUCACCAGCAGGGCCCAGCCUGGUCCUCCCGACUCCACCUUGCCAAAAAGAAAAAGAAAGUGUUUCCUCAUCCAGCUCAGGUGCACUCGGGGGAAAUCCCAGAGACCCAAAAUCCCGUUGGCUCCUGGGCUGCAGUCGGGGGGUGAGGGGAGGGGGAGAGAAGG